UUCUUCCUCUUUUUGUGACAAUAGACGGUCCAUUCUAAUCGUGUUUCAAAGUAAAUAGCAGCGCAGGGGCGAGCGCAAUGUAAAUUGUGCUUGUCAGAGCCCUCAGUCGUAGGUAGCGAGGAGCGAGGACUCUAACCAAUGGAGUGAAGGAGGCUUGGCUAACCUUAGCCUCCCAUUUUCUCUCUCCCCCCUCGAUGCAGGGUUCUGACCAGUCAGUCGCCUUUGAUUAUCAGUUGCCAGCAGCCCCUCUCUUGGCUCCUUGACACGAGCACCAUAUAAGGCGCAGCGAUCUCCAUAGAAACGUGUCAGUUUCAAUAGUAGUGUCAAAGUUCACUAUAUACAGACAUUCGCGCAGAUCUCCGUUUCGGAAACAUUGCUCCGCUGGUACUCCCGUUAAAACGCAUUCUUUUUUGGGUCUCUGCUUCUUACAUAUUCCAUUAGUUUUUUUUUCUUUUUUUCUUUAUCCUUGCUCUGUUCCUACUGGAGAGGUGAAACUACAUAGGCACUCGGGCGACGUUGUUUUUUUCUUUCUUUUGCUGGACCAGAUGAGCUUUAUUCAUGAACAUAGAUAGAGAAAUCCGUUCUUCAGUGUUUCCUCCUCUCCAACCGCGAAGACGGAGAGAGGAGCAAGGAAGAAAAAAGAGGGGAAUUUAUUUUGCACAGCACUUUGGAUCUCCGGUCCACCAGAAAGCUAUUCAUUUUGCUUCAACGUGAAGAUUUUUUAUUGCGGUAUUUUUUAAGAAACCCGUUUUUUUUAUUACGUCUGGGAUCGCUUUCUCUCUACACGAUUGGGUUCCCGAAUGGCUGACUGCAAUUUACCUUGGAACUGGCCUCCCGACAAUUGCAUAUCCUGAUCGGGUGCCUUUCUAUCGACUCCGGUAUUUUGAAUGUAUUGAUCAUUUUCUGCUUCUACUUUUUUUCCUAUGAGAUUGAGUGCUCCGAUUUGAAUUCGCGCUGCCGUUCGUCCAAGACUUCCCUUUUCCCUGCUCCGAUAUCCGAGCGACCAGUUCGCUUGAAAGCACUUUUCGGGCCCGAGAUAUGGCAAUGGUAGUUAGCGUCUGGCGAGAUCCGCAGGAAGACGUGGCCGGAGGACCUCCGAGCGGCCCCAAUCCAGCAGCUCAGCCGGCGAGGGAGCAACAGCAGGCGGCGUCAGCAGCACCACACACUCCGCAGACCCCCAGUCAGCCAGGACCCCCGUCCACACCAGGGACGGCUGGCGACAAGGGCAGCCAGAAUUCUGGACAGAGUCAGCAGCAUAUAGAAUGUGUUGUUUGCGGGGACAAAUCGAGCGGCAAGCACUACGGUCAAUUCACCUGCGAAGGAUGCAAAAGUUUCUUCAAGAGGAGUGUCCGAAGGAACUUAACGUAUACAUGUCGUGCCAACAGGACCUGUCCUAUUGACCAGCACCAUCGUAAUCAGUGCCAAUAUUGUCGGCUGAAGAAAUGUUUAAAAGUGGGCAUGCGGCGGGAAGGUGAAUAUAAUAUAUUUUCUGAACACGUCACACUAUUGCUACACACAGGUUUAUUACUGCCCGAGCCUUAUCCUACGUCUCGCUAUGGCAGCCAGUGCAUGCAGCCCAAUAAUAUUAUGGGGAUCGAGAACAUCUGUGAGCUUGCAGCUCGCCUGCUCUUCAGUGCUGUGGAAUGGGCGAGGAACAUCCCUUUCUUUCCCGACCUGCAGAUCACUGACCAGGUGUCCCUGCUCAGACUGACAUGGAGCGAGUUAUUUGUGCUAAACGCGGCUCAAUGCUCCAUGCCCCUACAUGUGGCCCCACUGCUCGCCGCCGCCGGCCUGCACGCCUCGCCUCGGUCGGCGGACCGCGUCGUGGCCUUCAUGGAUCACAUUCGUAUCUUCCAGGAGCAGGUCGAGAAGCUCAAAGCACUGCACGUCGAUUCUGCAGAAUACAGCUGCAUUAAGGCAAUAGUGCUCUUCACAUCAGACGCUUGCGGCCUGUCAGAUGCUGCACACAUCGAGAGCCUGCAGGAGAAGUCUCAGUGCGCCCUGGAGGAGUACGUGAGGAGCCAGUACCCGAACCAGCCCAGUCGCUUUGGCAAGCUUUUACUGCGACUGCCUUCUCUCCGCACUGUCUCUUCGGCUGUAAUUGAACAGCUGUUCUUCGUUCGCUUGGUAGGUAAAACUCCCAUUGAAACCCUCAUCAGGGAUAUGUUAUUAUCCGGGAGCAGCUUCAACUGGCCCUACAUGUCCAUUCAGUGAUCCGAAUGAGCGAGUGAAACAAAAAGACUAAAGGACCAAAAUUCUGCAAGCCCUUUCAAGAAGACUAUAUAUAUAGGACCUAAUUCCUGACCACUUAAGAAGACACUUUUUUGUCUUCUGGGACCGAAAUGGAAUAUGUAAUGUACAAAGAUUAAAGAACUGGACGUACUCCCGUGUAAAUCCAUCGCCGUCAUCAAGAACAC